GCGUCCGUACGAUAGCAUGAAAGUCGCGAAUUUUUUUGCGGCGCGAGUGUGUUCACACAAUUCGUGCUGAAUUGUCGCCGAUGAUUACCGUCGCUUCGUCAGGGAGAAUACAAUUUCAAUAAACAAUCGUGAACGUUGCGAGUGCACCGCUUCUUUGACGGUGAUGAUGCAGGAGCACAAAUCUUUCCUGAUCAGAGAUCUUCUAGGAGAUGUAUUGGCUGAUCGAGUUCAAGAGGACUCGGAGGAUGAUUCGGCGGUCCAUUCGGAUUCCGAGGACACCAUCGAUCCUGGCAGCAGCCCCUGCACGCGUCUAGGAAGUCCACCACCGGCGCUCUCGCCGUCGCCCGGUCCGGCAACUACGUCUGGAAAAUCUUGCGGAGUGAUCGCUAACAAUGCACCGCCGACCGGUAGGAAACCACGGAGACGACGAACCGCAUUCACUCACGCUCAGCUGGCUUACCUCGAGAGGAAGUUCCGUUGUCAGAAAUAUCUCAGCGUGGCGGACCGCAGCGACGUCGCCGACGCUCUAUCGCUCUCGGAGACUCAAGUGAAGACUUGGUAUCAAAACCGAAGGACGAAAUGGAAGCGGCAGAAUCAGCUGCGAUUGGAACAGCUGCGUCAUCAAGCUACCGUCGAGAAAGACCUUUUGGUACGCAGUGUGGGCCUCCAUCACGGUAGCAUAGACGCUUAUUGUUCGCCGUACAAUUCGCAAUCGCAGACCAGCCAUCCGCCACCACCGCCACCGCCGCCAGCACCAUCCACCGCUUCCACGGCGGCGUUUCUUUCAACGGCGGCCGCGCUCUUCCGAAAUGUCACCUACGUCCACGGCUGUCCCCUCUAACACGUGUAAUCUCGAAGGUCUCGAGAUUGUUUCCAGAAGAUCGAGAAAUUUAACUCGGAGCUCCGAAGAAACAUUUCGACGAACUACUUGUGCUGUGAGUGUUAACAUAGUGUUUCAAAACUCUUCGAUUCAUUCUUCAUUAUUUCGGAGUUUCUCAAAGGACGAAGGGUAACCUGAUUUUGGCUGCGCUGAUAGAACCUUUCUUAUGCAUGUUUUCUUAUAUUUUAUAAUGUACUGAAUCAUUACCAAACGUUUAUUUCAAGCUGAUAUGAUGGGAAAAUAUAGGAUGGGAAAUCACAUUCAAAGUAGCAGAUUUGUAAAAAUCUGAAUAAAAACUCAAAAUUAUAUAACUUUUUUUUACCCUUCCUUCCUCCUCCUCCUACUACACCCCAACCCCUCUACUCUUACUUAACUUAAUAUCACUCAUUCCAAUAUUAAAAAACUAGCUCAAUCUAUCACUCAACCUAACUUAACCUAACAUAACCAAAUUUACCCAAAAUUGCCCCAAACUAAUCCAUUCCCCACUUCAUUUUUUUUCGUGUCCUUUCGUUUCCCUUCGCCUUCACCCUCUUUCUCUCUCUCUCCUUUUUUCUCACACACACAUUUUCCCUCACUACAUAUAUAUUUAUUCAAAGUGUACAAAUUCGUGCGAAAAUAUGUCUCUCUGGAAAUAAUUAAAAUGUAUAUCUUACAUACAUUUUUAAAAAGAAUAACUCGGGGGAAAAAUAGAUUUGGUCUUUGUUUGAUUAAUAAUUAAAUGUGUAAUAAUUCGACAUCGGAAAAUAAUUGAGUUAUCCACCCCGCAUACAUU